AUGGCGUUCCCUCGGACGUCCUCCAUCGUGCUGUGGUUCUCACUCAUACUCUUUGUUUAUUGGACGACCUCGGCUGCUGAGUCACAUGACCCUUCACCUGCUGACCUCCCAGCCCUUCGCAGGCUCAAAAGAGAGCUGGAUGCAACCACCAAAGAACAGGUCCAGAGUGGGUUCCAGGUGGGCGUAAACUUCCUGACCACAGUCACGGAGGUGACGAACCAAAUCCAACCUAAGCAGCUGGCGUCUGUGCUCAAGGGCCUGGCCAACUUUGCCAGUUUGGCGCCCGGUAUCGGAAGUCUGGUCUGCUCAUUUAUCAACGUGGUUUUGGCCAUCAUCCCUCAGGAAAACAGCAUUGAGGAGCUGAGGAACGGCUUCAGUGAGGUCAACCGGAGGCUGGACUCUCUGGCCUUCCAGAUAUCCGACCUGGCCACAGACGUGGAGUGGUUCAACUUCGCCAGCGUCUACUCUCGAGAUGAGACUCGCAUCCUGAACGCCUGGAUGAAGUUAGAUGAGUUUCAGCAGAACCUCAGGCUGGUGACGAGUGAAGAAGAGAAGCUGAGGCUGGCGGAGAUCUUCGCCAACUUCUAUGAGAACUCCGGGACUGAGGGCAGCGUGGCCAACAUCUACCAUUACCUGACGGUCAGCGGCACGUCUCUAAGCAAGAACAUCAACAGCCUGUUGAAGGACAAGUUCAAGUGCAGCAUCAGUGAGAUGGGCCGCUAUAACAUGUACCUGAGCAGUCUGCUGUGGAAGGGCAUGGUCCUCAACCAGCUCUACUGGAAACUCAUCGGAUUCAGCUCAUCAGGUAAACAGGACGAACAUAACCGUAUGUUCAAGAACGUCUUCAAAGCUCAGAACGAUGCUUUGCAGUUCUGUCUGGACAACUUUGACCAGUACUUGGUUAAAGACGUGGAGGUGGUCAGCAAAAGAUUCACCGAAGACCGAAAACAGGACAUAGCUGCCAACGUCCAAAAGACUCUGGAUGAGAAGUACUUCUGGUACAAGUGGGCAGUGGUGGUGUACGCGAAGGGCGAUGAGGCCAACUACAAACUGGUCCAUAUGCGGUCUGUACCUGUGGGGGACCUGGUGGUGGCGGUGGGAUACACCCACAAGGAAACAAACACAUACCAACAGGAAGUUGAGUCUGCCGCUCAGAGAUGCUUUGCUGAUACCCAGUGUACGGACCUUAAACAGAAGUCCCAGGACUGUGUCAUUGAGGUGCCCACUGGAGGCUACAUAGGCCAGCCCUACGGCCACCCUGUCCCCGAAAUGGAUUUUAGAAGCUUUGCAGAAUAUGGGAGAGUUUUGCAUUAUUUCUAUCGUAAUGCUCCAGUGAUGUCACCACCGCCUGUAUUCAACCAGGUGGAGUGCAUACACCUCGAUGGUUAUAAGUACAAGGUGAACGUCUACCUGUCCUUACGGUUGCCGGUUUGUUCCUCACGUGACACCUGUCUGAACGGAGGCGUGUGCAAGCGGCUGAUGGACUCCAAUGAACACCUAUGUGACUGUCCUGACGGUUACUUUGGAAACAGAUGUGAAAGCAGCACCAGCAGCUUCCAGAACAUUAACAUCGGUUCCCUGGUGCCGGACAUAACCACCCUCAACACCAAACUGGACCAGAUCCUUGACACCCAUCUGAAGCAGAUAGAGCACAAGCUGGACCAGGUCAUGAGGACAUGUUCGGCCCACUAACGAAGACCUAAACACACAUCAGCAACAUCCACCGUCACCGUCGGAGGUUCCAGGUCCUGACCCACUGGGAUGUUUAUGUUACAUGGGAAAGCCUGUGAUAAUAGGAGUUAUUAUGGGAUGGAUGUGUGGUGUGAAUAUGUCCAACAGAUGAAUAAAUAAACAUCAGUGAGUUGGUCCA